CUGGCCUGGUAGAUUGGACGGGGGCCUGUUUCGUUCGCCAUCAUUGGUUUCUUCGCCCGGGAGGAGAAUUAGUCAGGGCGGGCUUGGUAAAGAAAGGCCACAGAUUCCCCCGGAAUCCCUCCUUUCAUAUCAAAACGAGUGCUCCCCCAGGAUUUUCAGUAAUAAUAAAACAAGCCAUCUUUUCUUUCUCUGCUUCCAUAGUUGCUUCAUACCGCAACCGUCUUCUGCUCAGUGACGCACGCUCUUCUCAUUAGUCCUGGAAAGUAUCAGCCACUUGCAUCUCUUCAUCGCAUCGCAGUUGUGGAUACAUACUGGUCGUCAGGCAAAUCCGCCCAAUUGCUUCGUCUUUUGCCCAAUCCAAGGGCCGUCUUCCACUUUCCACACAAUCGACACAACACUCUCUUGCCAUCAUGUCCGUCAUCAUGGAGCAAGCGGCGGCUCAGCCUUCAUACACUCACGAGAAGAUUGACCCCAACGACAUCGAGUCUGGAUAUGCAUCCGGCCAGUCCGACUACUCUCCGUCACCACGAACAGAGAAGCCUGUUAUUUCCCUCAGCAAGUCUCACAUUGAGUACCUCAACGAGCAGAUGGAGUCUAUGCACCCCAUGGACAUCCUUCGGUUCUGCAGGAUCAUGUUCCCCAACCUCUACCAGUCGACGGCAUUUGGCUUGACCGGCCUCGCCACCAUGGACAUGCUGUCGAAGAUCCAGAAGGAAAACCCAGAGUCCCGGACUGUUGACCUCAUCUUCCUUGAUACUCUAUAUCACUUCAAGGAGACAUAUGACCUGGUCGACCGCGUUAGAGAGAGAUAUCCCAAUGUCCCCAUCCACAUCUUCAAGCCCGACGGCAUGGAGAGUGCUGAGCAGCUUGAGGAGACUUACGGAGAGAAGUUUUACCACAACGCCGGCGACAUGUAUGACUUUAUCGUCAAGGUCGAGCCUCUCCAGCGAGCAUACGAUGAGCUCAAGGUCGCUGCCGUGUUGAAUGGCCGUCGACGAUCCCAGGGUGCCGCCCGUGGCUCUAUCCCCAUCAUCGAGAUUGAUGAGGAGAGAAACAUUGUCAAGAUCAACCCCUUGGCUGCCUGGUCCUUUGCCCAGGUCAACCAGUACAUCAAGGAGAACAACGUCCCCUACAACGCCCUGCUCGACCAAGGCUACAAGUCCGUCGGUGACUGGCACUCAACCGUGCCCGUUGGCGAGGGAGAGGAUGAGCGCGCCGGCCGGUGGAAGGGCCAGAGCAAGACCGAGUGCGGCAUCCAUAACAAGAAGUCCAAGUACUCUGAGAUUGCCACUCAAAUGGAGAGCAAAACUGCCCCUGUCUCAUGAGGCUUGAGUGCAGCGUGUCGUGCUCCUCUGUGGCGAGGCACGCUCAGGAUAUAAAUUUCGUUAUGACAUGACGACCUUUAAUGGUUUUUUUUGGCGAUUGGAGUAUUUCAAAAGGAGUUGCAUCGAGGGGCCAGCAUUUUUGACGGAGGGAUUUCAACCUCUAGUAUACACAUUCAUGGAAAAGGCGUUUGGCUUGAUUUUAUCUGUUUUUGCGCGUUCAAUCAUCUUAUCCCGAGAAUUCCCCGACCGAGCAGGUUUGCUGACAAAAGAUGGCAUCACAUGCCCGUAUUAGCUGUAGAGAGCGGGAGCAAAUAAAGAGUAAUUCAUUGAUAAAA